GCGCGAGCUAGGUCCAGCGUGGACGAGACGAGACGAAACGAGACGGGGUGCUCCAGAUGCGUGUCUCGACACGUCGCUCCGUAGACCUCCUCGCGCGGACGUCGACGAGAGGACGCGUAGACGCGACGUCGACGAAUCUAAUCUUUCGGAAUCGAAGAGUCCCGGGUCUCCGCUUCGCUUCGAUCGCGCGAGUGAGCGAGAGCGAGACCGCGAGAGAGGAGGGAGACUGCAAGUGUGAAAUCGAUAAGAUGCUUCUUCGCGUACGCGGAACGUGCCGCUGACCUUCGUCUAGAGCCGCGGAUGGUGUUACGUAAACGCCGUAAAAGUGAUGCGUGCAAAGAGGGAUGAAAUUCGCACGACCGGAUUUCCUCCCGCGUGCCGUGUUAGUGCGAGGAGUGGUGGUCGAUCACGUAUCGUUGCAGCGUCGCGACGCGUCGCCUCGCCUCGUCUCGCCUCGCCUCGCCUUGCCUCGCCUCGCUUUCCCGUCCCAGAUUUCGUCUCUCGGUACGACGACCGCAAGAAGCGGUGCUUUCCCCUUUUCGGACUGGCUUCCGGAAUGUAAAAAAAAAAACUUGGCCGUCGUCGCCCGACCGUGACAUUGUGUCGCAAAUACGUCUCUCCCGAGAGAUCUCAUUUUUUCCUCCUCUCGUUUUCCCGGUGUGAAUCAUCCCGUGGGAAUUUACUUUCUCCCGGUGAAUCAUCCCUCCGAAAUAAUUUGCCUGUUAGUGAUAAUACACGGAUAACGCGAUAAUCGUGCCUCCCGACCUGUCGGGAGUAAGUUGCGCGCAAAAGAGCCACGGGCUCGACGUGCUUCUUCAAUGGAUUGCGACAGGUUGAGACAUGCGGCACUUCUGCUGACGUAGGCGCAUUUUGCCAUAUCCUGCGGAGCACGAAUUCGGUCGGCCGUUUGAAUCAGUCCAUGAUGUCAGUUUGAUCAAGAUCUCUCUCACGUCAGUUCGUUUGUAGUGGCGUUCAUCAUGUUCGCGUCGACAAAGUCGAAAGAAGUCGCGGAUGAGUAUAUCUCAUCUCUGUCUGAUCUUACAAUUAACAGUAAGCCACUUAUCAACAUGCUCACCAUGCUGGCUGAAGAUAAUAUUGAACAUGCACCAGCGAUUGUACAAGCCGUCGAAAAUCAUCUACUCAAGGUGAGAAGUGAAAUCAAGUUACCAGUACUCUAUCUCAUUGAUUCGAUUGUCAAGAAUGUGUGUGGCAACUACCUAAAUCUCUUCACGCAGAAUAUAGUAAACACAUUUUGUGGAGUGUUUGAAAAGGUUGAUGAGAAUACAAGAGCCAGCAUGUGGAAGUUGCGACAAACGUGGAAUGAUGUAUUUCCACCAAAGAAAUUAUUUUCAUUAGAUGUACGGGUACAAAGUAUUGAUCCUGCAUGGCCAAUCACUGCCCCAUCCGCUAGCAUCCCUUCAGGUUCUAUACAUGUUAACCCAAGAUUUCUUUCAAUGCCUCAACAAACUGCAACGUCGAUUGUUCCGCCCGUUAAACUGCCACCAGGAGAACCGGUAACGACAUCAGAGGCAGCUAUGAGAGAACAAUUGCUGAAGAAACAACGAGAAUUGUUAGAAUUACAAAAGAAGAAGAUUGAGUUAGAAUUGUUGCAGGCUAAAGCGAGUUUAGAGCAACAGCAGAGGCAACUUGACAAACAAGCUGGUAGCUUGAAAACAGAAGUGGCUGUGUCCACUACGCAUGUUACACCAACUACGGAGACCACAACACAGGCGAAACCUGUAGCACCUGUAGUGCCAAAUCAAACUCCAAAACAAGUAGCAAAACAAUUUCCAGCAGCAGCAGCAACACUUUUAAAGAAUGCAGGAGCAACCAGCGGUACACGAAUCGCACCAGCUAGUAGUAUUGCAGUAGCGUCGGCUAAACCAGUUUCGCGAGAUCCACGUUUGAAGCCUACUCCUGCUGUUCAGGAUGUGGCAGUGCCAACGAUAGAUCCACGACAACGGCCGGGUACGACCAGUCCGAAAGAAGCACGGAAUGAAGGUCAAGCGCAGCAAGUGGCGAAUACAAUUGUAACUUCAAACCAAUUAAAACAGCAGAUACUUUUGAAAUCGGCUGUAACUAUCAAGCCUCCGGCGAACCUUGCCGGAUCCGAUAAUCCGACGUUAUUAAACGUUAUUAAUAACAAUAAUGCUGAUAAUAAUAGCAAUAAUAAAAAUUUCAGUAGUAAUGUAAAUAAAGAUGCUGUCUCGCAUCGAACAAGUCAAAAAAAAGACCCUCGAUUAAAUAGUAAUAGUAGUGGCAACCUAAACAGUAACAACUCCAAAAACAGUCAGAGUUUAUCGGUUUGCAGUAAUAAUUCGUCUUCAGUAUUAUCAGGAAAUAAUCGAGGAAGUGGAGGCAGUGACAUCAACAAGUCAAAAGACUCGAAGAGUUCAAAUUCACGUGGCUCUUCCUCGUCUUUGGCCGACAAGUCUUCCACUUCCUCCAAGUCGUCGCAUAGAAAAUUAGGCAAUAAGUCGCGAUCUAAACAGCCUCAAACUCCGAAUAAGAUUCCGAAAACCGAUAGAGAUUCGAGUCCGAUUAGAUCAAAAUCUCGUGAAAAAGACAGCGGAGAUAGUUCAUCACCGUCCUCACGCACCUCUCCACAAUCCUCUUUCCAAGCUUCUAAAAACCGCAAGAAGAACACGAAAUCGAGAAAGCGUAGUCCAAGUCCUCCGUAUAGAAUCCCAAGGCGUAACGACGCGAAAUCGAGCUCGAGCUUGAGCAAUUCCGGUGGUGUUACUGAGGAGGAGCAAUCUGGUUCUCUGAUAGUAUCUCCUCCUCAUCCACCUGCAUUCAAAGAAAUCAGACCGAACGCUAGACAGAGAAAUUAUGUAAGACGAAAUAAAGACGACAGUCUUAGUCCGGAACGUUCUCCAGUCAAUACUGGAAAUACUCAAAUCGCUGCCGAGCCAACAUUGGAAUCUUCUAGCAAAGAUGAGGAUCUCAGAACAGCACCACUAUCUCUACCUGGAGCAGCUGUUUCCAUAUCUGAAAAGAAAGAAGAUUUAGAUCUACGAGUAUUACCGUCUGUUAACACUAAUAAAAGACGCAGUGAGGAAUGUAUAGAAACGAAUCCACCAGCGAAGAAAACUAAGGCUGAGAAAUUUGAUGCAUUAUUCGGUAAUGAAGAUGUAGAUUUGCGCACUUUGACGCAUCCUAAUGCCGGUCGACCUCCGACACCUCCACCACCUGUGAUUUCCGGGGAGGAUGGCAAAGACGGCUGGGCGAAAUUAAAGACACCCACGAAGAAUGAUAGAGACAAACAAGUUAAUAACACGGAUGAUAAGCGUGACAGAGACCGUAGAGAUCGAUUGGGACGUCUCAGGCUUUAUAACAAGCUUCCUGAUGAUCCCAAAGAGAGAAGAAGAACAUUGUCGAACGAAGAACAGGAUUCCAGGCCAGGACGCAGAGGUCGGGAGAAUGAUAAGCCCGAGAGAAAUGACGAUAGAAAUAUUGAGAUAAUAAUGAAACAAGCCGCCGAGCAGUUGAAUCAGGGAUCUAUUACGAAGACUCAGUACAACACCUUGAUACAAGAAGUGCUGCAUAUGAGCGAGGAUAGGAAAUUACGAGCCGCGCAGCGUAAAGAAAAAGAGGCUGGCACCGUAAUAUGGGAAAAGAGUAUCAAUAUGGAUAUGACAGGUCCUGGCGAUCGCGGCGCAAAUUUUAAUCCGUCCAAUGAUAAGGAAAUGAUGCGAAAGGAGCAUCCGAUACCGCGAAAUCCAAACGGUCCGAGAUGGCAGAAUCAGCCGUGGCAGCAGCCAUGGGCGCAUCCACCGGGGCCACCGUUUGGCGGACCGCAAGGACACUUUAAUUCAGACAUGAGACCUGUCGGUCCUUGGCAGAAUCCGCGACACUUUGGACCGAUGCGACCGGAUUACCAGUAUCACAGCGGCUUCAAUCACGGUAUGGGACCCAAUCCGCGUUUAGGACCCGGUAUGAUGGGUCCAAUGGGUCCGAACGGGCCGAUUAUGUCAAAUCUUUUGUCGAAUGGACCUCCAAUGGGACCAAUGGGACCUAUGGGACCGAAUUCUCCUAUGACGAUGGGAUGCCAUCCUGCGAUGAUGAUGAACAAUGGACCGAUGCCUAAUCUUAUGUCAAAUAUGCCAUCUCUGGCAUCUAAUAGAAACGUAUCACCGAACACAUCCUCUAAGUAUGAUCUUGAAGAUAAUGAUCAGGGUUACGGCAACGCUAUGUUAAAGAAUCCGCAUAGCCGCGAAUUGCCACCGCCGGAUUCGAAGCUGCUAGCUGAAAUCGCGAGGGACACCAUGAAAUCUAUAAAUAUCGAUAACAUACCUCGGGAAAUUCGUUAUUACGGGCAAAUCGGUGUAGUGUUUAUGAACUGGGACGAUCCACGUGAGAUUGGUUUCCAGGAUGGUAUAAGAAGAAUAUUAAUUGAUGAAAAGGACACUAUAACUUGUGCAUUUAAUGAUCAAUAUAAGGAAUUUAUGUACGAGGGAGAAGUACACAGAAUUAAAUUGGGUGCACCUACGCGAGAAUUAUAUGUCGAUGACCGGUGGUAUGAAUGUUAUUUUGGUGGUAUGCCGAUAACGAUUGAACUCGGUGGGAAAAAGGUCAGCGUAAAACUGGAAGGCCCUCCGCCGCAAGUCAAAAUCGGCACCGUGAAACGAACGGAUCUUGUGGUUGCGAAAAUUAAUCUUAUUAUCAAUGCACGGAAUAUGGUGCCGGUGUUUUUGGAUGCAAAGCCACAGAUAUUUGAAAUCGAAGGAAAACCUCAUACGUUGGAAUUUACGGACGCAUUGCAAACAGUUCUUCUAAACGGACGACCGUUUAAAGUUGAAUUUGGGGGCUUACCCAAGCCUAUUAUUGUUAGAGACAAAAAGCAUUUUAUUAGGUUUUCGGUACUACCUAGAGGAGUACGUGCUGGUCAUGUUAAAAUUACUGGAAUGAGGGGCGAAGGUCCCAUUGAGUCACCACCACCACCAGCGGCGCCUCUGAUAGCGCAGAAACCAAAGAUAGACACUACUCCUGCCAAGCAAUCGCCAAGCCAAUUGCCCGCUGCAGAACACGAAUCCACGUCGCAGGACGGGCUAGAUUUUGCCUCUACUUCGAAGCCAGAUUUGCAAUUAGAUAUGUUAUCGUCAGUUUUACCAUCGGCGAUGGCGCCGUCAUCUGGCUUAUCGUACCAAGCCGAACCCGUGGAAAAUUCGCCCGUACCAGCACCAACAUUGCCAUUAAACAUGAGCGAAUUGUUCCAGAGAUUGGUUGAAACUGGUAUCGUUCCCAAUCUCACGGAACAAAAGAAACAGGAGGAGGAAGAGAAGAAAGAGCCUGAGAUCACUCCAGUCUCCUUCGAUAAACCAGAAACUCUUAAAAUUAAACAACCAGCGAUUGCAACGGCCUUGUAUAGUGGUAUGCAGUGCAGUUCCUGCGGUGCUAGAUUCGCGCCCGAAUUGGCUACUCGAUAUAGCCAUCAUUUGGAUUGGCAUUUUAGACAGAAUAGGCGUGAACGAGAUUCCGCGAGAAAAGCACAUUCGCGACCGUGGUAUUAUGAUGUCAGCGAUUGGAUACAGUUUGAGGAGAUCGAAGAUUUAGAAGACAGAGCACAAAGUUGGUUUGAAACCGAGAAACAAUCAGCGGAAAUGGAAGGUAUGACUACUGAUGAGUCUCCUCAGGAAACGUUGCAGCCCAGCGUACCAACUGGCAACGACGAAGAUUCUCGAUGCCAAGUAUGCCAUGACGCAUUUGAGCAAUUCUAUAAUGAGGAAAAGGAAGAAUGGCAUUUGCGACCGGCAGUUAAUUAUGAGGGCAAAAAUUAUCAUCCACUCUGUCUAGACGAUUACAAGGAAAAGACUCUAGCGAGAGCAUUAGAAAAAUCAGCUUUGGCAGUUGAGGAGGCAGCUACGGAAGGUGAGGAAAAUAAGGUAGAAACGCCCGGAGAUGAAAUUAAGCAGGAAGAGUCCAAAGACAUAUCGAAUAAGGAAAAGCCUGAGGUUACUGAUAACCAAGUAGACCAAGUAGAGGUGAACAUGAUGAAACUCUUAGAUUCUAUUGCAUCAGAUAAAAAGGAAGAACCUAUUGAGAAUUCUGAAACGGAGAAUUCGGAAGUUCCACAGGAAGAUGCAGAAAAGAAAGAAAAUACAGAAAGCGUUAAUGAAGAGAAUACAAAAGGUGUUGAAGAUGCCGAAAAAGACGCGCCUACGAUAAAUAAAGAGGAGGAAUCUCCGGGCGAGAGUGCAAUCGUACCUUUUGAUAAUAUUAAGAUUAAAGAGGAACCACUAGACGAUAUUGAUGAGCAACCCGACAGCGAAAUGUUCGAUUUCACCAACGUAGAAGUGAAAGAGGAGCCUAUGGAACCUGAACCAGAUCCCGAGCAAAUUGUCAAUGAAUCGAGCACAGUUGAUACAACGUACGCCGCAGUAAAAAGUUCCAUCGACGGAAACGUGGAAUUGGACUCGACGCCGGCGGCCAUUCCUCCAGCUCCGUCGCGAAUUAAAAUCAAUAUUACUAAGCCGUUGAACGUUAACAAAGAAUCGGAAGAGAAUAAAGAAAAGGAGAAGGUAGCGACCGAGACACCUGUAGAGGAAAACGCGGAACAGCCGUUAGUGGCAGCUUCCAUUAAGCCAAGUUUACAGGGUAGGAAACUAUCGAAUUUACCUCCCGUAGAGAAAGGACAAGAAUUAUCAGGACUUUGUUCUAUUAUGUAAAUAGUGUGUGUAUGUGUGUAUACAAAGUUUUUUGAAAAUGAGUAUGAGACAAGUGUAUAUAAAGCACUAGAUUUAAUUUUAGACAAAUCACUAGAACUAUUUCCAGCUUAUUUACAUCUUGUACAUCAUAAUUUUGUACAGCUUGUACGGCGUGAUGAUGUGACGACUCUUUUAGGAAAAAAUAUUUCUUUGUUCUACUCGACAUACCGUUCAUUUCUGGAAUUAUUUUAUCUCUAUUAUUUAAAUAAAUUUACAUAAUAGUAGGUUUAAUUUAUCAAAUUAAUUUAAACUUACUAUGUGAAUUUUGCAUAUAUGCACAUAUACAUAAUUACUUGAAUGCACGAAUUAAAAUCUUCUAUUUCAUCGGAUUUAAUCACGUCGUACAAGUUUAAAAAAAAAAUUGUGCGAGAUGCGUGGAAAUGUGUGAAUAUAUCACAAGUAUUAACAUCUUGACGAAAGAAUGAAAAAGAAAUAGAGCUGUACAUAUAUUUGUGUAAUUUAGAAAAAUGUGUAGUAGCAUUCCUGCGCGAGUGAUUGUAUAUUAUUCAGCGAUAUGCUUUGUGAUAAGGGAAAACCAUCACGAAUUCAUCACAAUUGUUUCAUUGAAACAUUUACUGAAAACUUCAAGUACUGUACUUGUGUAAGGAUGUUAUACCGCUCACCAAAAACUUAAAGUACCGUACGUACUUUUAAGUUUAAUGGUGAUUAGCACUCACCUGUAAUGUUAAGUCAAAUUUGUACUUGUAUAAAAUGCGGUAAACCCUUCGAAUCAACUUCGUUGGGGGAAAAAGGAGGAGUCAUUUCAAGGUGUACAAAUUGUGAUAUGUAUGGGUUAUCCUUGUAAUAUAAACUAUCAACAGAAAAACAAUGACGACGAGAAGAAAGAUGACGAAGAUUAUUACUACCGCAAUUAGAUUUGCGUUAUUUUGUUGUAUAAAAGACUUGUUUAUUACA